AUGAAGAGAAAAGAUCAAUCUUUAUUAACCCCAAGAACAGUUCAAGUUGUUUUGGGUAGAGUUGCUAAGGAGAAGAGUAUGAGUGAUGCUAUGAAUGUGUACCAUAGCUUGACGUAUAAGUUUAGGCCAAAUUUGCAAACUUUUAAUAUACUUUUGUCUGGUUGGAAGUCAUCCGAGGAUGCACAUGGAUUUUUUGAUGAGUUGAGGGAUUUGGGUGUUGAACUGGAUGUUGUUUCGUAUAAUUGUUUGGUGGAUAUGUAUUGCAAAGGUAGAGAGAUGGAGAAGGCGUUUAAGGUGGUGAAGGAGAUGAGAGAGAAGGAUAUUACUCCCGAUGUGAUAACUUAUACGAGUUUAAUUGGAGGGUUGGGGUUGGUUGGACAACCUGAUAAGGCGAGGGGUGUUUUGAAGAAUAUGAGAGAGUAUGGAUGUUAUCCAGAUAUGACAGCUUAUAAUGCCGCAAUUAGGAACUUCUGCAUUGCGAAGAGAAUUGGGGACGCGUACGGUUUGAUGGAUGAGAUGAUAAUGAAUGGCUUGAGCCCCAAUGCCACUACUUAUAAUGUGUUCUUAAGGCAGAACGAUGUUUCUGUCAAAUGGUGGAUAAAGGGCAAAAGCCAAGUAAUGUUUCUUUUAGGAGGAUCAAGUUUAGGCUCAGAACAAGUAUUUAUCCCUUCUGAGCUGAGUAACAUUAGGCGUUUUAAUCUUCUAGCAAUGACGGCUGAUAUUGGCUAA